CCUAGUUACAGCAGUAUGCAGCUAGUCCUUACUUUUAAACUAAAGAUGGCUAGGCUCUUCAAGAAAAUCUUACUACUGCUGGUAGCUCUAGCUUUAUUUUUAGGCCUUUUCAUCUUCAAUCUUAAAGCCCUCAAAGUGAGUAGCUCUCCCUCGAUUGAACCCAAUGACCUCAUCCCUAUUGUAAAACAUGGUCGUAAGAUUAAGGUGCACAAUAUAGAGAGUCAUUAUGAAGACACACCAGAAAGACUACUACAAGUUGCACCUGAUCUUCUCAAAGCCGAAAAGAUGAUAAAGUCUUCAGCUGAGGAAAGAAAUAAACCUUCCCCUCCAAAAGAGUCUCCUUCCUCUGAUCAAAAUACUUCAAUUGUUGUGCAUAAAGCAGUAUUCAACUCAUCCUCUGAAAGUGUACCUGUUGCAGUGAUAGUUAGACACAAAGUGAUGGAAUCAAAUCAGCCAGUUAUAAUGCAAAAAGGUGUUACUGAGAUCCCUCCACUCAAAGUUGACCCCAACAAUAUCAGUGUCAAGAGAGGAGUGGUACUUGCAAUCAACUACUAUGAACAGCAGACAAUGGCUUCUCGAAACAUGUUUCAACUUCAGUGCUGGGCAAAGACGCUUAAUCUAGAUGUAGUUCAACCAGCCACCAAAGACUCCUCCCUACUGACUCCACUCAAUGACCAAAUGUGGAAGAGCCAACUGAGAUUUGGGGAUCUGUUCGAUACGGCCGAGUGGAAGAGAGUCUCCGAUCAGUACCAGUAUUCAUCUCUGAUAAACUGGGAAGAUUUUCUUAUUGAAGGGCCCCAAAAAGUUAUCGUUGUUUCGUUCAACUAUCCUUCAGUUAGUGUUUUGAAAGCAAGACAGAAAGCUGGUGAACAAGUGCUGCAUUCACCUCAAGGAGACCGAUAUAAGAUUGGUUGUGAUAGCAAAUUUCCAUCAUCCUCUGAAGUCAAUUUUCUUAAAACUAAAGGUUUUACAAUAGUACGUCAAGUAUGUUUGAACUUUUACUAUGGUGAUGAAUUAUCAUUGAACGAAUUCAACUCUCACAUACUGGGUGAUUACUCGAGUAACGAGGUGACUGUUAUCAUGGAGAUGUGGAGGGGGAUGGGCUCUGGCCAGCGUGUUCUCAUUAGAGACUCUGGUUGUGCCGAAACCUACCCCAUUCAAGAGAUCAUUAGUCCCAGUCAGCGGUUAGUUCAUGAUGCAGAAAUUUAUAUCAAUAGACACUUUAGUGGAGGGCCGUUUUUGGCUGUCAUGGGUCGAUACGAAAUGAGCCUUCUCACUACACACAAGACAGUCCCCUACUGCCUCAAGGACACUCUAUACAAGUUCCAGCAGUUUAAGAAGGACACUAAGCUCGAGAAUGCAUUCCUUUCAAUUGACGUUGGAAAGUACGGAAGCAAGAAAUGGAGGAAAGGAGCGCAACCAGAAAUCAGUAAUGAAGUGAUGCAUCUUUUUCAGGGUAUGUACGGAGCUGGUGCCUCGAUAGGAGAAUGGGAGGAUGGAUUUGAGAGUGUGUCCGGCACAAAAGACGCGGGAUAUAUUGGACUGUUACAAAAGGUGAUUGUGACUCGUGCACAAUGUGUCCUGUUUGUUGGUGGAGGAGCGUUUCAGAGACAUGGACUGUUUAUGUACAAAAACUUACAUCAUGAUAGUGUAUGUGCUAGAACUGUUGAUCAGUGUACCAGCAAAAACAAGUUUAAAUUGUGAGAAUGUCUAGUGCAGUUAUUUUUGUAU